GCGGAAAAAGCGAGACUACAGGCUCGUUUUGUGCCGAGCCCGAGCAAGAUAGAAACAAAUGGCCAAUAAUGCCUGCUAUGCAGGAGGCGCCGUUCUUUAGUCGGUCGUUCGCCAGCAUCAGCCCUGAAACGGAUUUUAUCUUUUUAUUAACAGAAACGGCAACGUUGCUCUCUGAUUCGGUGUGUGGUGUAUAUUAUACUACUUGUUCAGUAUGACCUCACAUACAAUUAAUGAAUUAAUUCUGACACUUGUUCCGGAAUUAAGUGUCUAGUGUUUGUGUUGAAAAGUGCGCGAUUAUAGUGUCGUUAAAGACUCAUGUCAUGGACAAUAAAUAAGGGGAUGGCGGAUGGAGAAGCGCCAGAACGGGAACUCGAACAGCAAAUAUUGCAAAUCAAAAAACAGCACCAGCUUCAGCAUCAAAUUUUGCUGCAACACUUUCAGCAACAGCAACAACAUUUGGCCGAACAGCACGAACAACAGCUCAGAUUGCACCUGAAGGAGUUCUGGGACAGGCAAAAGCAACUACAAGAGUUGAGGCAAAGAGAACAACUAGAAGCUCUCAGGAAAAAAGAGAAACAUGAGGAAAGUGCGAUCGCCUCCACGGAGGUUAAGCAAAAAUUGCAGGAUUUUUUACGGCAAAGGAGGUCGGGGAAUUCGAAGAUUGCCCGUCCCGAAAAUUCUUGCUGGUCGGAAGGAAUGGACACGGCAUCGGAUUCUUCGACAACGAAUAACGAUUUUCCAUUACGGAAAACAGCCUCCGAGCCUAACCUCCUGAAGGUGCGUUUAAAACAGCGCGUCAUGGAACGUAGAAGUAGUCCAAUGAGUAAAAGACUUCCGCCAUCGCUCAAAAAGAAGCUGCUGAGCUCCUGCCUGCCACCUAGCGAAUCGCCACCUCAAGAACCUCCAAAGGAAUUAAGCCCUCCAUGUGAAGCCGAGGAAUACCAGCGACUACCUCUGUUCAGCAGUCCGUCGAUGCCUAACAUCUCUCUAGCCGCCCAUCACGUGUUCAGUCCCGAUCUGUCGGAGGCGGCGGUGCGGGCGGCGUGUACCGCCCGCCUCGGCAUGCCCUUGACCGGGCAAAUGCUGCCGGGCACUCUGCCCUUUUACCCUUCGUUGCCCGCUAUCGAUAACGAGCAAGACGAAACGCCGCUGGAUACUAUUAGUGAAUUACAGGAACCUCAAGUGCGAGGAGUGAUAAGACCGUUGGGCAGGACGCAGUCGUCGCCGUUACCUCUCGGACAUCCUCUUUUGAGAGGUCCGUUACCUCCUGAACCUGAACCUCCGCAACCGCCUCCCGAAGAACAAGAACAAAGGGAUUUGGAGUUACGAGCAAAUGAAUCCAGAAGUAUACGACCGCUUUCCCGAGCCUUAAGCUCACCGGUGGUCCACCUGGGUGCACCGGACGGAAUACCAGCGUUGACGCGUCGACGCGCGUCUUCGGCGCCCACCACAGGCUUGGCGUACGACAGUCAGAUGCUCAAGCACGCGUGCCAGUGCGGCAACAACGUUGUGCAUCCGGAACACGCCGGCCGUCUCCAAAGUAUUUGGUCCAGGCUGCUGGAGACCGGAUUGGUGGCGAGGUGUGAUAGAUUGCGUCCACGGAAGGCGACCACUCAAGAGUUGCAGAUGUGCCAUUCGGAGACGCAUGCGUUGUUGUACGGUACCAGCUCACUUAAUAGGCAUAAGGUGGAUAUGAGUAAACUGAGCGCUCUGCCAGUAAACGCUUUCGUCCGACUAAGCUGUGGAGGAAUCGGAGUGGACACGGACACGACUUGGAACGAGCACUACACAGCUCCGGCUGCCCGGAUGGCCGUAGGCGGUACCGUGGACUUGGCCGUUCGCACCUGGACCGGAGACAUCAAAAACGGGUUCGCGAUCGUUCGACCGCCCGGGCACCACGCAGAGCCUCAGCAAGCCAUGGGUUUUUGUUUCUUCAAUUCUGUGGCGAUCGCCGCUCGCGUGCUACAAAAAGACCACCGCGUCCAUAAGAUACUCAUAUUCGAUUGGGACGUGCACCACGGCAACGGGACUCAGGAGAUAUUCUACGACGAUCCUCGGGUUUUGGUGAUUUCGAUGCAUCGGCACGACGACGGGAACUUUUUUCCUGGUACCGGUGGUCCGAACGAAUGCGGUACUGGUGCGGGUAUCGGUUAUAACGUUAACAUCGCCUGGUCGGGAGGAUUGAAUCCUCCUCUUGCAGAUGCGGAAUAUUUAGCCGCCUUCCGUAGCGUAGUGUAUCCGAUAGCCAGAGAAUUUGAUCCUGAUUUAGUACUCGUUUCGGCCGGUUUCGACGCUACAGACGGACACACGCCACCACUAGGAGGCUACCGCAUAUCGCCUGCGUGUUUCGGUUUCAUGACUAGACAAUUGAUGCAACUCGCCCACGGUCGCGUGGUGUUAACUCUAGAAGGCGGGUACGAUUUGACAUCGAUUUGUGACGCCGCAGAGGAAUGCGUUCGUGUUCUACUAGGUGACACGCCUUCUCCAAUUUCUCCACUAGAAUUAGCCCGAUCACCUUGCGGAAACGCCGCCGUGGCUUUGCAAAAGGUAUUCGCCGCUAAUGCUUCGCAUUGGCCUUGUUUGCGGGAGGCGUCCAAGACGGCUUUGUGCUCCUUCACGGACGCAAUGCGUAGUGAGAAGGAAGACAAAGAAACGAUUCACGCGAUGGCCAGUCUGUCAAUGCAGCAUCAGCAGCACACGCCGAUGGUGACAUCGCCGAUCAGCCAAUCGCCUCCUCGGUUUCAUUCUGGCAGCCCGCAUCCUGCAUGAAAAAGGAAACUUCGUGUCCCAAUCAAAAGCGGUUCAAUAAAUAGAAUUCUGUUUGAGUGAGCUCAAAAUAUGUUUUUGCUGAGUAACAAAUAGAAUCUUAUUUAUUGUGACGGUUAUGAUGGGUAAAGUAUUUUCCCGUCAACCGAACAUUCCCGCAGUCGCUCAAAGUGACCGCCAGUUUUAAAUUUUAGGAACAAAUCUAUCGCGUGUUUAUUUUUGUUAAUAUAUUGACGCAGAGAGAUAGGGAGAGAGAAAGUUUUUAAUAAAACAUUUAUUUACUUUAAUAAUUGUUAUUUUUAUUUAUUAUAUAGAUAUGUUUAUAUUGAUGGUAAAUAUAUCCUAUUUACACAAAUUAUAUAAAUGUUUCAGAAACAAAUCGUGAUAAUAAAAAUUGUUUAAAAUUUAAAAAAAA